CAGCGCCCAAACACGCGUAAAGCGGUCGGUUCUUAUCUCGUGCCAAAGCCAAUUUUUAACUAUUAUAGCUUCCUGUACUGGGCAAUUGACACCACAUCGUAACAAUGCCAGCAGCGAAGCCAGAAGAGAAAGGCGAUUCCUCGACAUCGGCCGCCAAGAAGGCUUUGUCUGGUGCUUCUAACGGCAAUGUCACUUAUGAGCUGCCAUGGGUUGAGAAGUACCGACCGGUUUUCCUUGACGAUGUUGUGGGAAAUACGGAGACGAUAGAGCGGUUGAAGAUCAUCGCGAAGGACGGAAAUAUGCCGCACGUUAUCAUAUCUGGGAUGCCUGGCAUAGGCAAGACGACGAGUGUUCUGUGCCUGGCCCGCCAAUUACUCGGAGACUCCUAUAAGGAAGCAGUCUUGGAAUUGAAUGCCAGCGAUGAGCGAGGUAUCGACGUCGUCCGAAAUCGCAUCAAGGGCUUCGCGCAGAAGAAAGUGACGCUGCCGGCCGGCCGGCACAAGCUCGUGAUCCUCGACGAAGCCGACAGCAUGACGUCGGGGGCGCAGCAGGCGCUGCGGCGCACGAUGGAGAUCUACUCGAACACGACGCGCUUCGCCUUCGCGUGCAACCAGUCCAACAAGAUCAUCGAGCCGCUGCAGUCGCGGUGCGCCAUCCUGCGGUACGGGCGGCUGACGGACGCGCAGGUGGUCAAGCGGCUGCUGCAGAUCAUCGAGGCGGAGAAGGUGCAGUACAGCGACGACGGGCUGGCGGCGCUGGUCUUCAGCGCCGAGGGCGACAUGCGCCAGGCCAUCAACAACCUGCAGAGCACGUCGGCCGGCUUCGGCUUCGUCAGCGGCGACAACGUGUUCAAGGUCGUCGACAGCCCGCACCCGAUCAAGGUGCAGGCCAUGCUCAAGGCGUGCCACGAGGGCAACGUCGACAGCGCGCUCGACACCCUGCGCGAGCUGUGGGAGCUCGGCUACUCGAGCCACGACAUCAUCAGCACCAUGUUCAAGGUCACCAAGACCAUCGACACGCUGAGCGAGCACGCGAAGCUCGAGUUCAUCCGCGAGAUCGGCUUCACCCACAUGAAGAUCCUCGAGGGCGUGCAGACGCUGCUGCAGCUAAGCGGGUGCGUGGCGAGGUUGUGCAAGAUUAACAUGAAGCCCGAGCGGUUUCAGACGAAGAGUAAAUGAGGAAGACAAAUAAUAGAUCUUCGACUUUAAAAUGAGAGAGACGGAGGGCUAUGUGAAAGGUUGGCGAAAUGGCUUGAGAUAUGUAUUUGCAUGGCAUGGCAUUGGCGUUUACGAGGUCAUG